AUGUCGUUUGUUGGUGGAGGAUCAGAAUGUUCAGUUAACGGAAAUGCCGUUGCUCAGUUUAAUAAGCAUACCCAGCAAGAUAGAUCGUUGCAACAACAAGUGGCAAAUCAACAUGGAAACGUAGCACAGAAUCAAGGGUUCAAAAAAGAUAAUUUGAUGAAUGUUAGGGAUAGAGCUAACUUGGACCAAUUUAUGAAUAAUGGAGCACCACAAAACUCGUUUCAGUUCCAACCUAUGAGACACGAAUUAAAUACCAUUCAGAACCAACCCAAUGCUAUUCAUCAACAGCAAAGUAACUGGUCGCAAGACUUUGUUGCGCAAUCUCCAUCUGCUCAGAUUACAACACCAAUAGCCAAGACUGGAAGUCCAGUGAAUGCUCAGUGGGCCAGCGAGUUUAGCCAAGCACCCGCAACGCAACAGCACAACCAAAGACCUGGCCAAUUUGGCCCUCGUCUUGGGGGAUACCGUCCAAUGAUGGGAAUGUCUAUGGCAUACCAACUGCAACCUCAACAACAACAACAACAACAACAUAAUCAGGAGCCACAAGUUGAUUGGGAGAAUCAGUUUAAGGAAAUAGAGGAGUUGACAAACAAGGCCGAGGAAGUUGAGGAAAUCCAGAGAGAACAGUCUCCUGAGAUUGUUGUUGAUGACAAGUAUCAGGCCACUUUCCAAGAAGUGUGGGACAGUUUGAAUUCAGAAUCUUUUGAAAAUGACUUUAUCAAUCAGCAAUAUGAAGAUUUCAAGAGAACUCAAAAAGAUGGGUUUCCAGCUGAUAUGAAUCAAUGGGAGAAAGAUUUUGCAAAGUAUGCGUCUACGCGUGCCCACUUUGGUGACUACCAAUUUGAAGAUAAACAGAGUAACCAGUUUUUGGACUUACCUAAAGACCAAGAUCCAUAUGAGAUUGGUUUGCAGUUGAUGGAGAAUGGUGCCAAAUUGUCUGAGGCUGCUUUGGCGUUCGAGGCUGCAAUUCAAAGAGAUGAAAACCACGUUGAUGCCUGGUUGAAGCUAGGCGAAGUCCAAACUCAAAAUGAAAAGGAGAUUGCUGGUAUUUCUGCUUUGGAAAAAUGUUUGGAGUUGCACCCAGAGAAUUCAGAGGCGUUGAUGAACUUGGCAAUUAGUUAUAUCAACGAAGGGUAUGAUAAUGCCGCAUUUGCCACUUUGGAAAGAUGGAUAUCGACAAAGUAUCCUCAAAUUGUGGAAAAGGCCAGACAGGAGAAUCCAACGAUUACUGAUGAAGACAGAUUCUCGUUGAACAAAAGAGUUACGGAAUUAUUUCUCAAUGCCGCUCAGUUGUCGCCUAACCAAGCCAGCAUGGAUGCUGAUGUUCAAAUGGGGUUAGGUGUGUUGUUUUACGCCAAUGAAGAGUUUGACAAGACUAUAGACUGUUUCAAAGCAGCAUUAUCGAUACGACCUGAUGAUGCUAUUUUGUGGAAUAGAUUAGGUGCUUCAUUGGCCAAUUCUAACCGCUCCGAAGAAGCAGUUGAUGCGUAUUUCAAGGCAUUGCAAUUGAAACCGACUUUUGUAAGAGCAAGAUACAAUCUAGGGGUUUCGUGUAUAAAUAUUGGUUGUUACAAGGAAGCAGCAGAGCAUUUGUUAAGUGGGUUGUCAAUGCAUCAAGUAGAAGGGGUGGACACUGUAUCGACAUUGAAUCAUAACCAGUCGACAUCGUUGACAGAAACAUUAAAGAGGGCUUUUAUUGCGAUGGAGAGAAGAGAUUUAUUGGAGUUGGUUAAACCAAAUAUGGAUUUGAAUCAAUUCAGAGGCGAAUUUAGUUUCUAA